AUGGCCGACGACGACGAGAACAUCGACCGAGAUUUCCUGCCCGGUGGUCUGCCCCAACAUGAGCUAUGUGACUGGUUCCUCCAGAACAACCAUGCCGGGUUCGAAGCGGCCCUGUACAAGCGCCAAAACGAGAUCCUCUGGCUGGCUCGCCUCCGCCACGGUCUCGCUUUUGCGUCUGUCCCUCUAGACUCCAACAACGCCGUCCCCUUGAUCGAACUCGUCGUCAUCAAGGACAUGCUCGCCUACGCCCAGGAGAUCCAGCACCUCCUCGAGAUUGCCCAGCUCUUCCAGAUUCGCAUUGCUGUGCACAACGAAAUCAGCCAUGCCCAGGCCGCCCUCCGUCCCGACUUUCGUCGCUCCUUGAGCAUGGCCGUAGCCCACGCGGCUCACUUGUUUUCCCAGAACAUCCUCGAUGCGCAAAUACAAGCGACGAUCAACUUGCCCGCGCCGCCUCCGGGCCCUCCGCUGAAGUUCUGCGACAGUCCGAGCUGCAACGCCAUCUUUUUGGCCGGGAUUCCUGGACAUGCCGUCUUGUAUCCUGGGGCAUGGGUGGUGAGCUGUCAGACGCCACACCACGAGACGAUCGAUGCCAAUCGGGUGGUGGCCUGGGCUUGGCUAGCGGUGAGCAGGGGUUGGAUACUGGGGCCCGUGCGGUCUUCUUGA